UGACGAAUAACAUGCUACUUUAGUUGUCUGUUAAACACAUGUGUUGUUUAAGUACGAGAACAUAUCUUUUUUAUAGCGUUUUUCCUGGUUCGGUCUCUCUCUACGUUUCUCAAUUCAGACAUCGGCUCACCGGAAACUCGCCAAGAUGCCUGUCCUGUGCAGCAGCUGUGCUGACAAGCGUGCCGUGCUGAAACGUCCAAAAACUGGCCACUCACUGUGUAAGGAGUGCUUCUUCUGGGCCUUUGAGGAGGAGGUGCAUCAGACAAUCGUGGCGGCAAAAUUGUUCAAACAUGGCGAGACGGUAGGAAUCGCCGCCUCGGGUGGAAAAGACUCCACGGUGCUGGCACAUGUGAUGAAGCUCCUGAAUGAGAGAUACAACUAUGGCCUUGAGCUCAUGCUUCUGUCUGUGGAUGAGGGGAUAACUGGUUAUCGAGAUGACUCGUUGGAGACAGUGAAGAGGAACCAGCAGCAGUAUGAGCUGCCACUGAAGAUUGUGUCAUAUGAGGAGCUGUAUGGCUGGACUAUGGAUGCUAUAGUGAAGCAAGUGGGACUGAAAAAUAACUGCACCUUCUGUGGAGUGUUCAGAAGGCAGGCACUAGACAGAGGAGCCAUCAUGCUGAAAGUAGACAAGAUAUGUACAGGUCACAAUGCUGAUGACGUGGCGGAAACAGUUUUGAUGAACGUCUUGCGAGGUGACAUAGCUCGUCUGCGCCGCUGCACUGCCAUCUCCACAACCAGUGAGGGUGACGGAGUCGUGCCACGUUGCAAGCCCCUCAAAUAUGCAUAUGAGAAAGAGAUCGUUUUGUAUGCUUAUUUCAAGAAGUUGGACUACUUUUCCACAGAAUGUAUUUACUCUCCCAAUGCUUAUCGUGGCCAUGCAAGGACCUUCUUAAAGGACCUUGAGAGUGUAAGGCCCAGCUCCAUCAUGGAUGUCAUCCACUCUGGGGAGAACCUGUCUGUGCGGGAGGGGGUGAAGAUGCCUGUGCAGGGGACAUGUAGCAGAUGUGGCUAUAUCUCCAGCCAGGCACUGUGUAAGUCCUGUGUGCUGCUGGAGGGCCUGAACCGAGGCCUGCCAAAGCUGGGUAUAGGCAAACACCACCGCCUGCAUGACAAACUUCUUUCACAGCAACCCCUCACUGAAAAAGAGGAGAGGAAGCUGAAAUCUGUAGACUUUUGACGAAUAAGACCAUAUUUGUUUACCAUCAGACUGAAAAUUAUAAUGAAAUGUUAGAAUAAACCAAAUUGUUUCUUUUACAUGAGACAAAAAUAUAUCUGAUAAAUCAAAUGUCUUGUUUUCAUUUAUCAUUAACAUUAUUUAUUGAACAUUUAUUUAGAACAUUCAAUUUUAGUAAAACCUAGUCAGUCAGUUUUCUGCUGAUUUACAGCCACAAACCUGGAUCACUGAGAUAUUUAUGUUUAUUUUGUGGUACUGUUCAAUAAUAACUUAACAUUGAAGAUGUAUCCAGUUGUUUUGGUUGUAAUAUAAAUAUCUUUACAACAAAACAAGGUGGAUGAAAGAUACAUUUCCCAGUUUCAUACCUCUUUUGUACCACUGUUUGAGUCUAUGGGGAGGAU